AUGGCUACAGACCCACUCUCAGAGCUUCAGGAUGACCUGAACUUGGAUGAUACCAACCAGUCCCUCAGCCAGCUCAAACUGGCCGCCAUAGAUGACAAGAGCUGGCCAGCAGAUGAAGCCCCUGCUUUUCCCAGAUUGGAGGACUGCAAAGGCUCCCCUGAGCUGGUCACUCACCUACAGUGGGAUGAUCCCUACUAUGAUAUCGCCAGGCACCACAUUGUGGAAGUAGCAGGUGAUGACAAAUAUGGAAGGAAAGUAAUUUUGUUCAGUGCCUGCCGGAUGCCCCCAAGUCAUCAGCUCGAUCACGUCAAACUGCUGGGGUACCUGAAAUUCACACUGGACCAGUAUGUGGAAAGUGAUUACACACUGGUGUACCUGCACCAUGGCCUCACCAGUGAAAACAAACCAUCCCUGAGCUGGCUGCGGGAUGCCUACAGGGAAUUUGAUCGCAAGUACAAGAAAAACAUCAAAGCCUUAUAUAUUGUGCACCCAACUAUGUUCAUCAAGACCCUUCUGAUUCUCUUCAAGCCUCUGAUCAGCUUUAAGUUCGGACGGAAGAUUUUUUAUGUAAACUUCCUUAGUGAGCUGGAGGAGUAUGUGAAACUGGAACAGCUGGGGAUCCCAAGUCAAGUGCUGAAGUAUGAUGAAUAUCUCAGAUCCUUGCAGAAACCUUCACAAGUGCCCCAGAAGCCAACACCCCCACGCCCACCACUGCCAAACCAGCAGUUUGGAGUCUCGCUCCAGCACCUCAGGGAGAAGAGCCCUGAUCAGUCUCCUGUUCCUCUGGUGAUCAGAGACACCAUUGCUCACUUGCAGCAGCAUGCUCUUGCCACAGAGGGGAUUUUCCGGAGAUCAGCAAAUACACAGGUUGUCAGGGAGGUACAGCAAAAGUACAACAUGGGUGUGCCUGUAGAUUUCCAGCAGUAUGAAGAUGUCCACCUCCCUGCUGUGAUUCUCAAGACCUUUUUGAGAGAGCUACCUGAGCCUCUCCUCACUUUUGACCUCUAUAGCCACGUUGUCAGCUUCCAGGAUGUGGAGGAGGUGAAUCGUGUGGAUGUUGUUCGCAAAGCACUCCAGACUCUGCCAGAAGAGAAUUAUCAAGUGCUCCAUUUACUGACAGCCUUUCUGGUGCAGGUAUCUGCCCACAGUGACAGAAACAAGAUGACAAACACCAACCUGGCAGUUGUGUUUGGCCCAAAUCUGCUGUGGGCCAAAGAUGUCGCCAUCACCCUAAAAGCCAUCAACCCCAUCAAUACCUUCACCAAGUUCCUGCUGGACCACCAGAAGGAGAUAUUUGAGGGUGUGGAGGCCUGA